AAUCCGGAAGCACCGCGGGCGCGCAUCUGGCGGCGGCUGGGCCCCUGGUUCCCGGCUGGGGUUCAGUAUGUCUGCUCAUCGGAAGCUCGUGUUUACUGAAAAAGUGCUGAAGAGGCUUUUUCCUGAUGUUUCAAGUGGCCGAGAUAAGGGAACACCUCAGCCUGCUGCUUUGGAGACACCACCUGAGAAUGGGACCCCAGAGGCCGUACAGCACACACAUGUUCACAGGCUGGCAGAUGGUGACAUCAAGAUCCAGCCUGAACGUCGGCUGUACACUGUGAGCUUGCCUCCUCCAGGGUAUGUUCCUAGCCCGCCAGAACCUGCCAGCUGUGCGAACUCCGAAAAUGCUUCCAGUGGCGGCGACACAGAAGCAGAGCCAGAUCUUCAGGAUCAACCAAAAAGGAAAAGAAUUAGAAGGCGCAAAUCCAAGAAAAAUAUUCAAAACCUCAAUGAUGUUGUUCUAAAGCAAACAGAAGUAGAGACACAGCCAGAGCUUUUGCAAGAGAAAAUGCACCCCCAGCUUCCAGAUGCCCCCACGAUGAGCAAAAAUAAAAGAAAGAAGCUGAAAAAGAAGCUGCAGCUUAGGAGGAAGAAAGCGGCCGGCUCCAUCACCAAGCCCUGUGGGAUCAGUUUCCUGUAUCAGCCCGAAAGCGGCAGUGAGGCCGAAGCGGACGGCAUCACAGGGGGAGAGACCGAGGAGGACCAGGAGGGCUCCGUCACAGAUGCCACCCAGGAAGACAUUGAGCUUGCCAACAGCAAGGCCGACAGCAUCCUGAGUUUUCUCAGGUCAACACAAGAAAUUUAUUUUUAUGAUGAAACUUCCAAAGACUUCGAUCCCACAGUGUGCGUAGAAACAACUGAAGAGCUGCUUCACCUCCUUGAGUCUCGGAGCAUGCCCCCCUCAGACGUGCUCAUCCUGGACCACCUGAAAACUCUGCUGCUCCUGCAGGACACCGAGAGGCUGCAGAGCGCUCUGAAGAUGUUCCCAGAGCACUGUGCAAUGCCCCCCGACCAUGCCAGAGUGAUCUCCGCCUUCUUUAACUAUUGGAUCACACAUAUUCUUCCUGAGAAGGAAACAGUGAAUGAAGCAGCGUCUCUUUAAGAAGAUCUGACUGCUCUUUAACAAGAAGGUGUUAAAUACAAAUAUGUCACGGACUGAACUUCAUUCUUGUACAGAAAGAUUUAUUUUCUGUGUGAGUCAAACACUGGAGACAUUGAAGACAUUUCUACCUUAUUAUUUAUUUCUGUGCUUGUAUAUAGUAGGUAAGGUAUUAGAUGGGAAAUUAAGGUAAAAUUGAUAUAUGUAUUGAAUAACUACAUAUCACUGGAUUUUUUUCUGGUAUCCACAAUAAUUAAAAACAAACAUUUUAUUAAAU